AUGGCGCUAGAAACAUCGACAUGGCUAAAUCUAUGCUUUGUGGAAAAGAUUCUGCGAAAGUCGGAAAACGACGAUUCGAUUCAAGUGACCGACAUAGUUUCGAAACCGGCUACAAGCAAGGGUGACAAUUACACUAGCGACAUGAUUAGGAUUACUGCCGAAUAUUCACGCGACUCUAAGAUUAAAGAGAAAAAAUCAAUUAUUAUCAAACUCUCUCCUGUACACGGUGUUCGACAGAAGAUCGUCACACAAGCAGGUCUCUUUCACACAGAGAUGUCGAUGAUGUCGGAUACUUUGGAUAAAAUGAAUAAGUUGUUAGGACCGAAGCACCGCUUGAGUGCGAAGAUUCUCUAUGUGCAAAAUGAAAAUCCAACGCUUCUAGUGAUCGAAGAUCUCGCAUCUCUUGGUUUUCGAAUGGCUGACCGUUUAUCUGGUCUUGACUUAGAUCAUUCUCUAUUGGCAUUUCGCGGACUUGCCAGGUUUCAUGCAGCCUCAGUUGUCUUAUGCGAGAAGAACCCGAAGCAAAAAGAAAUGUAUUCAAAAGGAAUGUUUUAUAAUCAACACUCGCCAGAAAUGAAAUCUUUCUUCAAUAUGGGUACUAAAACUGUAGCAGAUGAGAUUGCAAACUGGCCAGAAGCGAAAAAAUACUCGGAAAAAAUUGCUAAACUUUCCGAUCACAUGUACCAAAUAGGAAUAGAUGCACAGAAGCUCUGCGAUGACGAAUUUAAUGUUAUUACUCAUGGUGAUUGUUCCGUGAUCAAUAUGUUAUUUAAAUAUGACAACAAUGGCAAACCUACUGAUCAGAUUUUUGUAGACUUUCAAAUGUGUGUCUAUGCAUCGGCGGCACUCGAUCUUAUCUAUUUACUCAAUGCUAGUAUUUCCUUCGAUGUUAUUGAACACAAGACAGAUAUUUUAUUAAACGAAUAUCUUGACACCUUGUCAACGACUAUGAAACAAUUAAAUUGCAAGACCCAGCCGCCCAGUAUGAAAGAACUAAAGGCUUCCAUAAAACGAAAAGCUAGCUAUGGAAUGAUGACAUCUAUCACCAUUUUACCGUUUAUGCUGUGCAGUAAAACUGAGGCGAAAGAUUUGGAUGAAAUUAUGGGCACUAGUACUUAUAUAAAUCCAGGUUUAAAGAGUGAGAGCUUUAAAGAAAUAUUGAUAAAAAGACUGCCACUGUACGACGAGUGGGGUUUACUGGACCUCUAAUAAUUCACAUUCAAUGAUAGAAUAUUAAAAUAGAAAAAAAAUAAAAGUCUAGAAAAUAAGGAUAUUGUAUGUAAAUGUAACAAAUAUGUUAAAAUUAAUAAUAAUAGGCGAAAAACGU